GCUUCUGUCCAUCCGCCUAUCCCCUUGAGUCUGGAGGGCCCCGGCAUGCCUUGAGGUGCGAAAGGCAGCCUGGGAGCCGUAGUUCUCUCGGACGCCUACCGGUUUUGCCAGCGCGGCAGUGGCGGCUCUCUCGGUUCCGUCCAGCGGGUUCUGUAAGGCGAGCUGAGGCGGAGAAAGGGCGCGGAACUGGAAGAGGGUGAGUCAGGCACUGGCUACGUGAUAAAGGGAGGCGGCACUGCGGCAUUGGGCUGAAUUAGGUAAAUGGACCCGUGCUGCAGUCUCUCCGGAGACACCGCGAUCUAGCGCCAGCGAGAAGAGGGCGAGGAGGAGCCAGAGCCCGGUCCUUGCACCCAUUCUCGCCCUCGUACCCCGCCGCCAUCUCCACCAUGCAGUCCCGGGAAGAAGCUCCGCGCUCUCGCCGCUUGGCCAGUCCCCGCGGCGGCAAGCGGCCCAAGAGGAUCCACAAGCCCACCGUUUCGGCUUUUUUCACGGGCCCGGAGGAGCUGAAGGACACGGCUCAUUCUGCAGCCCUCCUGGCACAGCUGAAGUCCUUCUACGACGCGCGGCUGUUAUGUGAUGUGACCAUCGAGGUGGUGACGCCUGGCAGCGGGCCGGGCACUGGCCGCCUCUUCCCCUGCAACCGUAACGUGCUGGCUGCCGCGUGUCCCUACUUCAAGAGCAUGUUCACCGGUGGCAUGUACGAGAGCCAGCAGGCGAGUGUGACCAUGCACGAUGUGGAUGCCGAGUCGUUCGAGGUGCUGGUUGACUACUGCUACACCGGUCGAGUGUCGCUAAGUGAGGCCAACGUGGAACGCCUUUAUGCGGCGUCUGACAUGUUACAGCUCGAGUACGUGCGAGAAGCCUGUGCCUCCUUCCUAGCCCGCCGCCUUGACCUGGCCAACUGCACUGCCAUCUUCAAGUUUGCCGACGCCUUCGGCCACCGCAAACUGCGAUCGCAGGCCCAGUCCUUUAUAGCCCACAAUUUCAAGCAGCUCAGCCAGAUGGGUUCGAUUCGGGAAGAGACUUUGGCAGAUCUGACCCUCGCCCAGUUGCUGUCCAUCUUGCGCCUGGAUAGUCUAAACAUAGAGCUGGAGCAGACCGUGUGUCAUGUGGCAGUGCAGUGGUUGGAGGCGGCUCCCAAGGAGCGGGGUCCCAGCGCUGCGGAAGUCUUCAAGUGUGUCCGCUGGACGCACUUCACUGAUGAAAACAAGGAUUACCUGGAAGGGCUGCUGACCAACACCAUUGUGAAGAAGUACUGUCUGGACCUUAUUGAAGGGGCCCUGCAGAUGCGCUAUGGUGACAAGUUGUGCAAGUCUCUGGUGCCGAAGCCAGAAACCAGCAGCGGCAGCAGCAGCAGUGGCGGCGGCGGCAACGGCAGCGGUGGCAGUGGCAGCGGGGGCGGCAGCAGCAGCAGCGGCGGCGGGAGCAGCAGCUCCUCGGUUGUACCCACAGCAGAAAAUCCACCCCAGAGGCUGGGCGUGUGUGCUAAGAAGAUGGUGAUCUUCUUUGGACAUCCCAGAGAUCCCUUUCUAUGCUGUGACCCAUACACCGGCGAUAUCUACAAAGUGCCGUCGCCUCUGACCUGCCUUGCUCACACUAGGACUGUCACCACCUUGGCUGUCUGUGUCUCUCCAGACCAUGACAUCUACCUGGCCGCUCAGCCCAGGAAGGACCUCUGGGUGUAUAAGCCAGCCCAGAAUAGCUGGCAGCAGCUUGCCGACCGCCUGCUGUGUCGGGAGGGCAUGGAUGUGGCCUACCUCAAUGGCUACAUCUACAUCUUGGGCGGGCGAGACCCGAUUACCGGCGUUAAACUGAAGGAAGUGGAAUGCUACAGUGUCCAGAGAAACCAGUGGGCACUGGUGGCUCCGCUGCCCCAUUCCUUCAUAUCCUUCGAUCUGAUGGUGAUCCAGAACUAUCUUUAUGCUCUCAACAGUAAGCGCAUGUUCUGCUAUGACCCUAGCCACAAUAUGUGGCUCAAGUGUGUUUCUCUCAAGCGCAAUGACUUUCAGGAAGCCUGUGUCUUCAAUGACGAGAUCUACUGCAUCUGCGACAUCCCCGUCAUGAAGGUCUAUAAUCCAGUCAGAGGAGAAUGGAGGCAGAUCAAUAACAUUCCCUUGGUGUCGGAGACCAACAACUACCGCAUUAUCAACCACGGCCAAAAACUCUUGCUGAUCACGUCACGCACCCCGCAGUGGAAGAAGAACCGGGUGACCGUGUAUGAAUAUGACACUAGGGGAGACCAGUGGAUUAACAUAGGUACCACCUUAGGCCUCUUCCAGUUUGAUUCUAACUUCUUUUGCCUCUCAGCUCGCGUUUAUCCUUCCUGCCUCGAACCUGGUCACAGUUUCCUCACUGAGGAAGAGGAUGUGCCGAGUGAGUCUAGCACUGAAUGGGAUUUAGGUGGAUUCAGUGAGCUGGACUCUGAGUCAGGAAGUUCAAGUUCUUUAUCUGAUGAUGAUUUGUGGGUUCAGGUCGCACCUCAGUGAAAUGCACAGGAUCAGCAGAAUUUGUUGUAGAUAGGUUGAAACACUAAGGUGUUUUUACUGCUUUGGAAAGUGUCUUAAAGAGAUACCCUUUCUCUUUGCUGGAAAAAAAACAAACAGGUUGAUUAAUUUCAGGUUUGGUUUAGAAAGGGUAUUUGAAAUACUAACAUAAUUUAAUGUUAGGGAAUUUAUACACUCAAAGAAAUCAACCUAUUUAAUAAUUUACUGUUCUAAAAGUCCAGUAUUGAUUUGAUUGUUGGGUAUGUUUAUGUUUGAUUAUACUAAUUUAGUCUUCUGUUAUAAAAUCUUAUAUUCUGUUUUGUGCCACAAGUACUGUGACUUGAAUUUUGAUUUUUAAAAUAGAAAACUGAUUGGAUAGGAAUUACCAGGUAGGGUUUUGAAAGUCUAUCUUUUUCCUUCAGGACAGGGUAGUAGGUUUCCAAAACUUUAAACUAGUGGGUUAUUACAAAAUGUGUUCUAAUUUAAAUAUAGUUUGCCAGGUUUUAGUUUAGUUACCUCCCCUUUUGUGAAGAAAAAAAAAUGCAUAUGUUUGAUGUGACUGGUGAUUUCAUUUGUAAUGAUGUUCAAAAUGGUUGUAAGCUCACUAAAAGUAAAAACAAAAACAGGAUUUUACCUUUAAAAAAGAAAUUUCAGUUUUAAAUUUGUAAUGUAAAAUGUGUAUUUGCAAACAGUGACCAAUUUUCCAUCUGUUCUAGUAGUGUCACCAGUCAUCGAAAAACCUUGGGAAAAAAAAAAA